CAGAUGUAUAUGAGCGCACGCCGCGGGAUCUCUUUCCCUUUUAGCGCUGUCUCGCGCUGUUCACUGCGCAGCAGCAUCUCGUCCUCAGACGUACAGCUUCACAUAUCGGACUCUUGGAAAUAACGGUGAAACAAAAUGGCAGAUCUUGACAAUAAAGAGCAGACUGAAAUUGACCCGGCAGAUAUGGAGGAUGUUGAAGAUGUGGAGGAAGAGGAGACUGGGGAAGAUAACAGUAAAGCACAUCAACUGACUAUGCAGAUGAUGCAAAAUCCACAGAUCCUUGCGGCGCUGCAGGAGAGGUUGGAUGGGCUUGUGGGAUCUCCCUCAGGAUACAUGGAGAGCUUACCAAAGGUGGUGAAGCGACGCGUUAACGCCCUUAAAAACCUUCAGGUCAAAUGCGCCCACAUUGAAGCAAAGUUUUAUGAAGAAGUCCAUGAACUGGAACGGAAAUACGCCGCACUGUAUCAGCCUCUCUUUGACAAGCGUAGUGAUAUCGUGAGAGCAGCAUAUGAACCCACAGACGAGGAGUGUGAGUGGAAGAAAGAUGAAGAGGAAGAGUUGACCGUAAGUAAGCAGGAGGAAACGAAGGAAAAGGCCAAAGUGGAGGAAGAGAAGAAAGACGAGGAGAAGGAAGACCCUAAAGGAAUCCCAGAAUUCUGGCUCACGGUUUUCAAGAACGUCGACCUACUCAGUGAAAUGUUGCAGGAACAUGAUGAAGCAAUUCUCAAGCACUUACAAGACAUUAAAGUUAAAUUCUCUGAUGCAGGCCAGCCAAUGAGUUUCACAUUAGAGUUCCACUUUGAGGCCAAUGAUUUCUUCACAAACACCGUCCUGACAAAGACCUACAAAAUGAGGUCUGAGCCAGAUGAGUCUGAUCCGUUCUCCUUCGAUGGACCGGAGAUCAUGGGCUGCACAGGGUGCGCGAUCGACUGGAGUAAGGGCAAAAACGUCACAUUGAAAACUAUCAAAAAGAAACAGAAACACAAGGGUCGAGGCACAGUGAGGACGGUCACCAAGACGGUCCCCAAUGAUUCAUUUUUCAAUUUCUUCUCUCCACCUGAAGUUCCAGAGAGUGGUGAACUGGACGAGGACUCGGAGGCCGUGUUAGCAGCAGACUUUGAGAUCGGUCACUUCAUCCGUGAGCGUAUCGUGCCCAGGGCGGUGCUGUACUUCACGGGCGAGGCAAUCGAAGAUGACGAUGAUGAUUAUGAUGAGGAGGGAGAGGAAGCUGAUGAUGAAGAGGGUGAAGAGGAGGCCGAUGAAGAAAACGAUCCAGACUAUGAACCCAAGGUGUAAAUGGUGUCUGUAGUAACCCUGCUCUGAAGGAUGCCAACCCCCCAGAGGAGUGCAAACAGCAGUGAUGGCAGUGCCCACUUCCUUCAGGACCCCCAUACACUGUAACGGCUUCAGACAAACAUAGUUACUUACCGCCUUACAAUGUUUUGUAAUUUUCUUGGUAGAAAUAAUUAAAAAUAAAUAAAUAAAUUAAAGGAUUUCAAGAUUUUUGUUACAAAAAAAAAACAACCCCUCAUUGGGAGCAGAGGCUCAUGACGCAUAGUAUUUUACUAGACCAGUUUCUCUCUUUCUCUGUUUAAAUAGUUAGAUUGCAGUAAAUCCCUCAAAGCAUGACACUUGUUUCUUCACUGCUAACAUUGUUGGAUUCUCGUGAAGUCUUUUGUAUUGCCCUUAGACAACAGCUGUGGAAAAACUGUCCAGAGGUGAAUGUUACGAGAAAGUAUUGGCGAAACAACAUGUCCAGAGUGAUUCCGGAACGCUCUGUGCAACCAAAGUGGAGACUGACGUUUAGUCUCGGCAGGGUGGCACAAAGGUGCUUUUUCAUUGGUUGAAAACCCCUAAAUGCCCCCUUAUGCAGAGCUGGACUUGUGUACACGAUUUGAUCUGUCUCUUUGGGUUAGUUCAACAUUAACAUUCCACAAAGGUUUUAUUUCCUUCACAAAAUCGGUUCUAGACGUUUGGAGAACAAUUCGCAGUCUGGUGGAAACGGAGAGAUGACUGACAUUCCACAUCUGUAAGGAAUGGUUUCGUCCUUGAAUAGACGUUCUGUUGCAUGACCAUUUGUUUUUUCUAUGAGCACUUUGUACGUUUGUCAUGUAUCGGUAGCAUCGUUUUCGAAACUUUUGCCGUCGAUUAGUCCACUCGCCCCCCCCACCCCUCCGAAGACCAAUUUACAAGCGCUUAACAAACAUUCAUCUGGCUCUUUGUCAGUCAGGUGGACUCGGUCAACACCUCUUCAGAAUGCACUUUGAAUGAUUCGAUGUCCCGCAGGAACCCCAGACAACCUGCACUUUGUGUGAUUGGUUGAUUUCGAGCUUGGCCCUGAGUGAUGUUUGUGGUGACAUAACACCCUCUGUUUGGCAGGCCUAUCACUGUGAAGGGGUGCGUCUGAGCGUUUGUGUAUGCUGAGGAACGUCUUUAGAGGUCUCCUCUUCCUCGUAGCCCAGCAGGAGUGAAGCAGAAAGAGCAAUAUUCCUACUGAAUUCCCAAGCCCCUACAGUAUUCCCGUGUCUUUCAGCCCGGCUCUUUGCAGUCAAUUUAGUUCGGUCUAAAGCAGUUUGAAGCAGCAGGGGUCUCUGUUCCCCCUCAGCAGCUGUUGUCAAAGCAAAAUGCCAUGCUACAAAAUACUAAUGUACUCUAUAACUGUACGUGGAUGUAUAUUCAUCAAUUAAAUUGGUAAAAUGUU